GUUUCAAAACCAGCUCUCGCGUUGUUAUCAAGAGGAGGAAGAAGAACAACUCUCUCUCUCUCUCUCUCUCUUGAAUUCCAAAACAAUGCAGCUCGUCCGGAUAAUCUUCAUUAUAGCUAUAACAGUGGCUCUCUCCACCACUCUCACAGUGAAAAGAAUCGGCCAAGUUGAAGAGAAACCAUCCUAUGAUGAUCAAAGUAUCGAUACUUCAACUAGAUUGUCACAGGGGCUUAAUAUUAUGAACGAUGGAAAGGAGCUAAUACCUUCAAAAAGGUUGAGUCGGUUCCUCGCAGAAGAAAAGAAUCCUAGAGCCGCUGACCACUGCAACAAAGACAACGAAAUAUGCCAAAUUCUGCAAGGUAAAAACUAUAAAUGCUGCAACAACAAGUGCCUGGACUUGUCUACAGACAAACAUAAUUGUGGUGCAUGCAAGAAAAAGUGUAAAUUCACAGAAGAUUGUUGCAGAGGAGAGUGUGUGCUGCUUUCUCUUGAUAAGAGGCACUGCGGGAAGUGCAAUAACCGGUGCCUGAAAGGUGAAUUUUGCGUAUAUGGAAUGUGCAAUUACCCAUGAAAUGGUAUUGGGUUGAGGUUCGUUAUUUAUUCAUAAAAGAAUAAAAAAGAAAACAUAUUUGGGUGGUUCUCCCACAUUUUAUAUAAUUAAUUACUUCUUACAAUGUUGAUUAAAAAAAUAAUAAUUUACUGCUUUACAAUCCUCUAGGAUUUUAAUUAUCUCUAUGUAAUACUCCAAUGAACUUUAAUUGUAACGUCUUAAUCCGUUAUCUGUAAUUGCACUUUAUACAAUUUUUGUGUUUCAGCUUGAAUAUAUAUGAUUAUA